AUGCCGCCACGAAUACCAGCAUUGUCGUGCCUACGGGUAUCAGCUUCACCACUUAUUUCUGCGCAAUUCACACUCCCCAUCCGAACUUUUGUUUCGACAGCGCGGGCCAAUGCCGAAUCAAUUGAGCGACAAAAGAAGCGUCUCGCUAGUGAUCCCUAUAUAGUUGCGCAGCGCAACCGCAAAAAGGCAGCCAACCUGUCUCGACGUGCCGAACUCGAACAAGCUCGGGUAGCCAGUCUUGGAAACCCUGUUCGCGGUAUACCGACACCAUUCGUAGAGUCUUUUGACACUGGCAAGCCCAUUACCUACGACGAGGGCAAGAAAAUCCCCCAGGACCGAACACACCUCAACUAUGCAUUCAACCCGGAAACGGUGGAGAAGCAAUUGGAGAAGAGCGAGAAGCUGGCGGUGCCGCUGAGUGAAAUUGCAAAGCAAGCUGCGCCCGCUGCGUACCCGUGGAACGACGCCACGCGGUAUGAUGCUAGGGCAAUUGAAAAGUCGGCAGAGGAAAUUGAAGAGCAAAACAAAAAGGACCAUGCACGUGCAGUUGAGGCAAUUAAGCGAAUCACGGCUCUCGAGAAUGGCUCAAGCAAAGACCGCAUGCGCGUCAACAUUGCACGAUGUGUCGAGACUUUUGGACGUCACAACACCGACAGAAUAUUCCCACCAAAAGCGCCAUCUCUGAGCCGCUCCGGUGUAGACGAGACUCACGCCGUCCGCCCAGAAACAAACGUUGCCGCAGCAGCCAAGCGAGUAGGACCAGACACCGGAUCUUCUGAAGUUCAGAUUGCUAUCCUGACGGCCAAGAUCAAGACACUAGCGGACUUUUUACAGACACGAGGAAAGGGCGACAAACACAACAAGCGGAAUCUGCGGUUGCUGGUGCACAGGAGACAGAAGCUUCUACAGUACUUGAGGAGAAAGGAGCGAGGUGGUCCAAGAUGGCAACAUUGCAUUGAGACUCUGGGUCUGACCGAAGGCACAUGGAGGGGUGAGAUUUCGUUGUAA